AUGGGGGCGGACUGGCAGAGCGCCGGCGAGCUGGACCCCCUGCUGGUCGCGUUCUUCAACGCGCUCUUCCUGGAGGGGGCGAGUGUCGAGGACGGCUCGAAACUGCUGGCCAGCCUGUCGCACUUCAUCCCAGACCUCUACAAGUCGACAGCGACGAAGUUGCCGCGGGCCAGCCGCUGUUUAGUCGCCUGGCGCCGGAGGGUCCCGCCGCGCAUGCGACUUCCGUUGCCUCGCGCGGCGGCCUUCGCUCUGGCUGGGUGCCUCCGCCACCUGGGCUUCCCGCGUAUGUGCCUGUGGGUGGUGAUCACGUUCGUGGCGUACCUGAGGCCUCACGAGGCGUUCCUCUUGCGCGGGAAGCACCUCGUCGCCCCGAAGGUCGUGGCGGGCCGGCAGUACAGCUCAUGGGGCCUGCUGCUCCACGACGCGGCGCUGGGGGGCCCAGGGAAGACGGGGAUGUUCGACGCCGCGGUGCUCCUGGACAGGUGCGAGUGGCUGCUGCCGUGUCUGGAGGCGCUGAAGCACCAGUCGCUCGAAGACGACAGCCUGUGGGACCUCUCUCCGGCCGACCUGCAGAAGCAGAGUUCACCAUGCUGGUCAAGAUCCUCGGCCUCGAGGACUCAGGAGGAGGUGAAGGUGAGAGGGCGCUGGGCGACCAUCACGAGCCUCAAAAGGUACGGGAAGACAACCCGUCUCCUGCUCGAGAUGGCGAAGGUGCCCGAGGAUGCGUUCGAGCUCGGCCGCGCGGUGGAGGCGAACUUCGCGAGCGUGAUGGCCGAGGGCUUCGACAGCGCGCAGUCGCCGUUCCUAGAGCCCGAGGUGCGGCGCUACCUGCAGCGCGCCUUUCGUGCCUGUGCUGCACCGCGCCCUCAAUUCAUGAAGCAUCUCGUCUUCCUGGAACUCUUUGCAGGCAGUGGUGGCAUUGCGGCUGCAAUUCAGAAGCUUGGCUAUCGUGCGUUGUCUUUCGAUUUGCUCAAUAAUCCACGUGAUGAUCACCUUGACCCUACUUUUCAGAAGGUCAUUGUUGGUUGGCUAACGUCAGGCUGCAUCGCUGCGCUGUGGCUAG